CUCCCGUUCGGCGCUUAGCCCUGCGACCCACUCGUCAAAACGGCGACGCCGCGGCGCCGCGGAACAGAAGCAAAGCGGUCAGAAACGCCGCCAAAGCCCAGGAGGAGUCGCACGCCGCCGCCGACUCCUCCCCCCCGCUGUCCAGCGCGCGUCCGCAGAGGAUGCGCCGACCUCCCAGGUGGCGCCAAGACCUGCAGGCGGCGGCGGCGACCGAAGCGUCGUCCGGAGCGGCGGAGGCGGACGGCCGACGGCGGCAAAGGCGGCUGGCGAUGGAUGGGGAGGAGCCUGUGCGGACUUUGCCUCAGGAAGGGGCGGCGGCGGAGAACAUCGUGUGCGACGUGUGCGGUCAGGUGAUGAAGAACAAGUCCAGCCUGGCCCGCCACUCCUUCAUCCACACGGGCCAGAAACCCUUCGCGUGCCCACUGUGCGACCUGCGCUUCAACCGCCGCGACAACCUCCGCCAUCACCUGGGCCGCCUCCACCCGGGGGGCGUGGCCCGGCGCGAGAAGCGGCGCCCCGUCCAAACGUGGCUCUGCGACGUCUGCGGGAAAACCUUCCGCUGCAGGUCGGCGCUCAAGACGCACGAGGUCAUCCACCUGGGGGUCAAACCCCACCGCUGCGACCUUUGCCCCAAGGCCUACAUGCGCACCAACGACCUGGAGCACCACAAGCUCACCGUGCACCAGGGCGGCGACGGCGGAGGGGCGCGGCGCCGCUCGGGCUCCUUGCUGUGUCACUUUUGCGGCAAAGAGCUCAAGUUUCGCUCUCAGCUGGCGGCUCACCUGCAGACGCACACGGACGAGCGGCCGCACCUCUGCGACGUCUGCGGCCGCAAGUUCUGCCGCGGCUACCAGCUGGAGCGCCACAAGCUCCUCGUCCACGUCGAGGGCGGCGGCGAGGGCGGCGAGGACGGCUCGCUGCCCUGCAAGGUGUGCGGCAAAGGGCUGAAAACGGAGGCGCUCCUCGCCGCCCACUCGCGCGCGCACUCUGACGACAAGCCCUUCCGCUGCACGCUGUGCCUGCGCCGCUUCGCGCGCCUGGCCUGCCUCAAGCGGCACCAGGCGCGCGCUCACCUGAAGGAGGGCGCCGGGGCGGCGGCGCGCUCCGCCAGCCCGCGCGCCGCCAAGGCCUUCCCGUGCGCCACCUGCGGCAAAGUGUUCAAGUUCCGCUCCCUGCUGAGCAACCACGCGGCCGUACACAGCGACGAGCGGCCGCACGGCUGCGACUUCUGCCCGCGCCGCUUCCGCCGCCUCAGCCACCUCAAGCGUCACCGGCGCGUCGUCCACCGCGACGGCGCGCGCCCGCCGCAGAACUUUGUCUGCCACAUCUGCGGCAAGGACAAGAAGUGCCGCUCCCAGCUGGCGCGACACGCCAUCAUCCACACGGGCGAGCGGCCCUUCGCCUGCGACCUUUGCUCCGCGCGCUUCAAUCGCCAAGGCAACCUGCAGCAGCACAGGAAGCGCGUGCACGGCGUCUGCAAGACGCCGGAAGACGCCGACCCGCCGUUGCUCUUCCAAGACCUCGACGGGGGCCCGGACUUCAAACGGGAAGAGGUGGUGGCGGCGGCGCCGCCCUCCGAUUGACGCCGCUCGCUCGCCGCCGGGCCUCGGCCGGCCGCACUCGCUCAUCAAUCCGACUGGUUUGUCUCGUUGGCUGAAGGCGCCGUGCCAGACCGGUUCACCUGAUGCCGUUGUCAUCUUGUCAGAAUUGAUGACAUAACAUGAUAUAUUAUCCUGGUGUGGCACCGGUAGAUUUUUUUGGGGUUCAGAGUGUGACUUAUUUGUCUUGCCAUUUGGCGGUUGAGCAAGUUUGGUCCCAAAAGCGCUCAAAUUAGAAAAUCUUUUCUCACAGUAAGUCCAAGUGAACGUUUUGCCGGGUGCACGAAAUGAUCCAAACUCUCAAGCGGACAAGAAAAUGAUCACCAUAAAAAGGAGUGACACACUUUGAAGUUGAUUUUUUUUUCUCUUUCU